GAUCUAAGAGAGAGAGAGAGCAGUGGGUGGGGCCGGAGGUGGUACGUAGUCUACAGUAAAGAGAAAAAAAAGUGUAUGUGUUUGGUGUGUAUGGGAAAAAGUGAAAAAGUGAGUGUGGUGCGUUGGUGCCCAUGUGUGCGGGUCUCUCCACCACUCUGCAUUUUAUAAACAGUCCUGUGGAGAGGGAGGGUGUGGCAGGACUGGACCAGAAGCUCUAGGCUACUGCACAUCGGAAACCAUCUGACAUCUGAAGGGAAGAGAGACCCACCAUGGCCAGCUCAGAGACUGAGCCUCUCCUGUCAGACCCACCUGAGGGCAGGGAUGAGGAUGCCCUUGGGGAGGACCCCGUAGAGGUACCCCCCAAGGAGGACCUCAGGGAAGACACCAUGGAACCCAAGGGGAAGGCCCAGGCAGAGAAGGUAGAAGACCGUUCCGAGCCCACUGAUUGGUGGAUCAGCGGAUGGAGUCCCUCCCAUUGCUCCUGCUGCCAAUCGGAGGGCCUGGAGCCGCUGGUGCUGCUGCUGCUGGGAGAGAAGGUGGAGCCCACCACCAAGAAGUGGAUGAUGAGGCUGCUGGCCAAGACGCCCACGCAAGGAGGUGCUGGCCUCCUGGUCCACCCGGGUGAGGAUGACUUCAGUGACGUGCUGCUGCUGUCCGCCCCCGGCUGUACCCUGCUGCAGGCUGCGGAGGAGCUGGGCCUAUGCAGAGCCGACAAGGAGGGAGAGAUGGCUGCUUUCUCCUUCCACAAUAAAGAGCUCUUCACUAACUCAGGCAACACCGAAGAAUUUCUUACCCCGGCGGAGCGUCAGUAUAUUGUUAAAUAUGAGUUGGAAACCUUAAGGGCCGUGGAUGACCAACGUAUCCCAGGGGUCCCUGCACCACUGGGCCAUCUCAAAGCCAGAGACAAUGUCUUUCAGAGACUGCAGAAGGCUGGUCUGGUCGUGGAUGUGUUACCCCUUCACAAUCGCAAGCGGAUUGCCACCCUCAGGAAGGAAUGGUACUCACACACCAAACUGUGGGGACAGCCACUGGACUGUAUCCAGUCCUAUUUUGGCGGCUCCAUAGCAUUCUACUUCAGCUUCCUGGACUUCUACACGUUGGCCCUGAUGCCCAUGGCCAUCCUGGGGGUCAUAUUGGCCUUCAUGCCGGCCGAGUCAGGCAAGGUCACCGUCAUCGAAGGUGCAGAGGAGUCAGACACGACGCCAAAGGAUGCCAGGGACGCAAUAGCGGAGGAGUGGGCGUCACCGGGCGGGCUGGUCGUCAUGGCGAUGGUGAGCAUGCUGUGGUCCACGCUCAUGCUGGAGUUCUGGAAGCGCCGCAGCUCCUCGCUGGCCUACCGCUGGGGCUCCAAUCACCUGAGGGAACGCUUCGCGGAGCCCCGCCCCGCCUUCCGCGGCGAGCUGGGCGUGAACCCUGUGACCAAGCGCGUGGAGCCCCUCUUCCCCGCCUGGCAGAGGCAGCUGCGGGUGGCCUUGGUGUCUGUGCCCCUGGUCGGGGCGUUCCUGGGCAUGGUGGUGCUUGGCAUGGCCGGGUUCUACUGGGCGGAGCGCGUGGUGCAGGGCUGGCAUGAGGAGAGCCAAUCGUGGACCAGCGCGGGGGCGCUCUACGUGCCUUCAGUGGCGCAUAUUGUUUACACCAACAUGCUGGGCACCGUCUACGGCAAAGUGGCGCUUAAGCUGACAGAGUGGGAGAACCACCGAGAAGAAUCAUCCUUCCAGUACCACCACACCACCAAGGUCCUUGUGUUCACUUUCUUCAACUGUUUCGCGGUGUUGUUCCAUAUUGCAUUUGGAAAGCAGGAUCUGGCUCUUCUUCAGAAGCGCCUGUCGUCCCUGUUGAUAGUGACGCAGCUGAUGAACCAGCUGACGGAGGUGGUGGUGCCCUAUGUGGUGGAUCACUUCUUCAACCCCCCGGAGCGGAAGGAAGAGGACGAUGACCCCGAGAUAGACCUCAUACUGGCCCAGAGCAACCUGCCCACCUUCCCCGGUCUUUUUGCGGAGUACAUUGAACUGCUGGUCCAGUUUGGCUACCUGAGUCUGUUCUCGUGCGUGUACCCGCUGACCGCCUUCUUCCUGCUGCUCAACAACCUCACUGAGCUUCGCACGGACGCCUACAAGAUCUGCAAGCUCUUCCGCAAACCUUUUGCCCCUCCCUCCGCAAGUAUGGGGGUCUGGCAGACGGCGUUUGAGAUCCUGGCCUACAUAUCGGUCAUGUCCAACUGCUGGUUCCUGUUCAUGUCUCCACGGCUGCACGAGGCCUCGGUGGAGGCUGGCCUCAACAGCACCCAGUUCCUGGUGGUGGUGGUGCUGGUGGAGCAUAUUCUGAUUGUGGUGAAGCUGAUGAUUGCCUUCAUCAUUCCUGAUGAGCCAGACAGCGUGAGGAUCCAGAGAGAGCGUAUUGAGUUCAACUCCAUGAAAGCCCUGGGACAGCAGCAAUCCUGAGAUCCAGCAGGAAAUGAAACCGGAGAUGAUUGGACGUCCAAUGUCCUCGUCCAGCGAAGGGUGAAAUAAGCCACACCAUCAGCUGCCGCUCACAACGCAGAAGAAACGGAAGAGGACAGAAGAGAAAAGAGGAGGAAUGAAGGAGGAAUGGAGGAGAUGAGUGUGGUGCAAUAUACAGCUAACAUGCUUCCUCCUGUAGAGGACCACUGCACACGUCAACACCGCAAGAAAAGAAACCAUCUCACUGCACUGCAUUAUAGUAAUUUAUUCACAGCUAUUGAGUGUUCUGCCAAAAGCAUACUUAUAAGAUAGAAAUCUCUGCCUUAGUGUGGCUUGCUGAAGUUUUGAAUGAUUGUGUGGAUUUGUAUUAUUUUUCAGCUUGAAUGAGCUUAACUUUUAGUUGAGUAUUGAGGUACGUUGAAUAGUGCACCUGUGGCCUUGCUGUGGUGUGUGCAGAUCACAAUGUGCUUUUUUGCCACUUAUGCCUAGUGGAACUGAUCUCAGAGCUGUAUAAUGAAGUGUGUGAGUGGACUGACUGUGAGAGGCACUGCCAGAGCUGGACUGGGGGAGAAUUAGGGCCCAGGCACUUUUGAUUUAAAGGGGCCCCUCCUAAUUAGCGGCGCAGAACUGACUCCCCGGUGGGCCCCUAUUUUCAGGAAUGUAAAAAAAUAUAUGUAUAUAUAUAUAUAUAUAUAUGU